CGGUGGCGGCGGCGGGGGCCGGUACUGGACCCGGCGGGAUGAGCGAGGCGGAGGCGGCAGCAGUGGCGACCGCGGCGACGGUGCCCGCGACGGCGGCAGGGGUGGUGGCGGUGGUGGUACCGGUGCCCGCGGGGGAGCCACAGAAGGCAGGCGGCGGGGCAGGCGGCGGGGUCGGAGCCGCCUCGGGCCCCGCUGCCGGGACCCCCUCGGCGCAGGGUCCCCGCACCCCGGGCAACCCGGCGACGGCAGCCUCGGGGACCCCCGCGCCCGCGGCCCGGAGUCAGGCGGACAAGCCGGUGCUGGCCAUCCAGGUCCUGGGCACCGUCAAAUGGUUCAACGUCCGGAACGGUUACGGAUUCAUCAACAGGAAUGACACCAAGGAGGAUGUCUUUGUUCACCAGACGGCCAUUAAAAGAAACAACCCCAGGAAGUUCCUGCGCAGCGUGGGCGACGGGGAGACGGUGGAGUUCGAUGUCGUGGAGGGAGAGAAGGGCGCCGAAGCUGCGAACGUAACUGGGCCGGGGGGCGUGCCAGUCAAGGGCAGCCGCUACGCCCCCAACCGACGCCGGUUCCGCCGCUUCAUCCCCCGGCCGCGCCCGGCCGCCCCGCCGCCCAUGGUGGCCGAGGCCCCGUCGGGCGGGACGGAGCCAGGCAGCGAAGGGGAGCGCGCCGAGGACUCCGGGCAGAGGCCCAGGCGGCGGCGCCCGCCCCCUUUCUUCUACCGACGGCGCUUUGUGAGAGGCCCUCGGCCCCCCAACCAGCAGCAGCCUAUAGAGGGCACCGAUGGGGUGGCGCCCAAAGAGACAGCCCCAUUGGAGGGGGACCAACAGCAGGGAGACGAGCGGGUCCCCCCACCCAGAUUCCGGCCUAGGUACCGAAGGCCUUUCCGCCCCAGGCCGCCCCGGCAGCCUACCACAGAAGGUGGGGAUGGUGAGACCAAGCCCAGCCAGGGCCCCGCGGACGGGUCCCGGCCCGAGCCCCAGCGCCCACGAAACCGCCCGUACUUCCAGCGACGGCGGCAGCAGCCGCCCGGACCUAGGCAGCCCACAGCGCCGGAGACCUCAGCCCCCAUCAACAGUGGGGAGCCCCCCACCACCAUACUGGAGUGACCCCCACUCGAAGGACACGUAGAGCUAACAUCUGGUUAUCUGCCAGUUUUUCCAACUGCCCUGCCCCCCCCCCAGCAUCCCCUCCCCCCUUCCCCCAAUUCCUGACAUCAAAACGGCGGCUUUCCCCUUUUCCUUGAGACUCAGGAGGGCAAAACGACCGCCUUUUGCUUUCUCUCCCUCCCACCGUGGGUGGAGGGAAGGGACCCAGCCUUCUUGUUCAGAGGCCCCACCGCCCUCCCCCGAAUCAGGCUGAGAAGGAACCAGCCGGCCCUUCCCUCCUACUGGUUGUUUUCUUUCCCACCCAGUUUAUUUUUCGUCUCCCUUCCAGCCCGUCCCUCUGAAGCCAUUUUAUGAACCGUCGUGUACCACCUGAGCCUCCAGUAAAAACGAAAACAGGCUUUUCUGUG